AUGGCUCCUAAAAAGCGCAAGGAAGCUACUCCAAGCGAACUUGAAUACGAUGAUUUAGUAGAGCUCGCAAGUGAUACUGAAGAAAAGGGCGAACGAUACAAAGGUGGAGAAAAGGCCCUUCGCUUUUACCUGAAGGCUCUGGAUCUAUACAAUAUGGCGCUUAAACAGAAGCCAAAUGAUUUGGAUGUUGUGUUUAAUGUUUCGAGAUUACGGAUGGUUCUAGCUGAAAUGAAGGAUCCAGCUCCAUCACCGCAAGAAAGGACUGUGUUAUUACAUGACUCUGCAUCUGGAUUUAGAUUUAUACUAGCUACUGAUGCCAGGAAUGCCGAUGUCGGGUAUAUGCUUGCCACGACGCUAUUCGCGCAGGCUGAGAGUAGCUCUGAUGGUGUUAUGGAGAUGCUUGAAGAAGCUUCGUCGAUACUGGACUGGGUUUUUGUCGUCCAGUACGAAAAGUUUCAAAACGAUGCCAAAGAGCGCUCUGAAAUAUCUCCCGUCGUCGAAGACGCUCCUCCACAGCAGGAUAUGGAAACUGAUGAACCCGAUAUGAACGUAUACGAUACCGCUGUAAUCGAAGAAUCCGUCACCGAGAGCGUGCUGUCACAGACGCUUACCACGCAUGCCGAGAUACUGAUAUUGGCGUUCUCGACACUGCUUAACGAAGAACUAUAUCUUAAAGCUCUUGGACUGCUGGAUCGUGCUAGUGUGAUAUGUCCGUCAGAUAUGGAAGUGUGGGUACGGAAGGCUGAACUCGUAACCGCCAAACUGAAAAUCACGUAUAAUGUAGCGGAAGCGAAGGAAGCAUUGGCAUAUCUAGAUGCUGUUAUUGGACGUGAUGAGAAGUGUGUGGAGGCAUUGACUGAUAAGGGGGAUUUGAUGUGGCUGAUGGGUGAGAAUGGUGCCAGUGUUGCUGAAACACGCACGUUGUGGGCCAAAGCUGCGGAAGCUUAUACAGCUGCAUUGGCACUUGAGCCAUGUAUUGUAGAUAUCGCUAUGGCGCUUGCUGACUGUCAUCUUGGAAGGAUGAAGGCUUAUGAGGGGGAGAAUGAGAAGAUGGAAAAGACGAGAAGUGUACUGGCUUCCAACGCUGCAAUGUAUUAUCAGCGGGUUGUGAAUCAGGUGCCGACGCAUGGUGGCAGUUAUCUGGGGUUUGCGAGGGCUACCAGUUACAUUGUAGGCAGGGAGGAGGAGUGUCGGAAGGCGCUUAGGACGUUGAGAAAGAUGCAGCCGUGGGUGUGGAGUGAGAUUGAGUAUGAUGAUAAUGGGGUGCCGUUUAGUGAGAAUGUGAAGAGGUUGGAGUGGUUCAAGUUUGUAUGUCUCUGA